AUGAAGCUGAAGCUACCAAAUCCAGGACUGGAUGAUCGGAUCCCUACUCAUGGAGAACUAGAGAAAAUGGAGUUGGAGGAGGCAGGAGAUAGACCCAAAUGGGACAAUAAAGCUCAGUACCUGCUCACCUGCGUGGGGUUCUGUGUGGGGCUCGGCAAUGUGUGGAGGUUUCCUUACUUGUGCCAAAGCCAUGGAGGAGGUGCUUUCAUGAUUCCCUUUUUAAUCCUUGUGGUUCUGGAGGGAAUCCCUCUGCUGCACCUUGAGUUUGCCAUUGGACAGCGUCUGAGGAAAGGAAGCGUUGGUGUGUGGAGGUCAAUUAAUCCUUACUUGACUGGAGUUGGUAUAUCAUCUUUGAUGGUGUCCUUUCUGGUGGGAAUGUACUACAACACUAUCAUGGCUUGGAUCAUGUGGUACCUCUUUAACUCCUUUCAGAGUCCUCUGCCAUGGAGCCAAUGUCCCCUCAAUGCUAACCGCACAGGUCCGGUGGCUGAGUGCGAGCGCAGUAGCACUGUUGAUUAUUUCUGGUACAGAGAGACCCUCAACACGUCAGACUCCAUCGAGGAGUCUGGAGGUCUGCAGUGGUGGAUGGUGCUCUCCCUGAUUGCCGCCUGGACGGUUCUCUAUGUUUGCUGCAUCCGUGGGAUCGAGACCAGCGGCAAGGCUGUAUACAUCACUUCCACUCUACCAUAUGUGGUUCUGACUAUCUUCCUCAUCAGAGGGCUUACUCUUAAAGGUUCAGUGGAAGGAAUCAAGUUCCUCUUCACACCAGAUGUGGACGAGUUGAUGAAUCCAGCCACGUGGUUGGACGCCGGUGCGCAGGUGUUCUACUCCUUUUCCUUGGCGUUUGGAGGUCUAAUUUCUUUUUCGAGUUAUAAUUCUAUACAUAACAACUGUGAGCAAGACGCUGUUCUCAUCUCCAUCAUCAAUGGCUGUACAUCAGUAUACUCUGCCACUGUCAUCUACUCCAUCAUUGGCUUCAGGGCCACAGAAAAAUAUGAUGACUGCAUCGCAGGAAACAUCCUGAAGCUGACAAACGCCUUCGAUUUAGCUGAGAGCAACAUCACAGAGAGCAACUACAAUGACAUGCUUCUUUACCUCAACCAAACAAGUCAAGAUAUUGUUAAAGACUUACACAUACAGCCAUGUGACAUGCAGUUCUUCCUCAGUCAGGGGGUGGAAGGAACCGGCUUGGCCUUCAUCGUUUUUACAGAGGCUAUCAUAAAGAUGCCAGUUUCUCCAAUCUGGGCUGUACUAUUCUUCAUCAUGCUCUUUUGCCUUGGUCUAUCGACUAUGUUUGGAAACGUGGAGGGAGUUGUUGUACCGCUGCAGGAUCUGAAAUUGUUGCCCAGAAAGUGGCCUAAAGAGGUUUUUUGUGGUGUGACUUGUGCUGUGUCUUUUGCGUUGGGGAUCAUUUUUGCCACUCGCUCUGGAAACUAUUGGUUGGCUCUUUUUGAUAACUUUGCCGGCUCCAUACCUCUUCUGGUCAUCGGCCUUUGUGAGAUGGUCGCCGUCAUCUACAUUUAUGGCAUAGAUAGGUUUAACAAAGACAUUGAGUUCAUGGUAGGGCAUAAGCCCAACAUCUUCUGGCAGGUGACAUGGAGGGUGGUUAGCCCACUUAUUAUGGUCAUCAUCCUGGUAUUUUACUUCGUGACGCAGAUCACAAAGUCUCUCACGUACUUGGUCUGGGACCCAGAGUCGGAGAGCUUCCCGACCCUGGAAGAGCGCCCGUACCCUCCCUGGAUUUCCAUUAUUGUUUUCAUCUUGGCCGGAGUUCCCAGUUUAGCUAUUCCGGCUGUUGCACUCUUCAAAUGCUUCCGGAGGAAAUGCUGCAAACGGAAGGACAGCAGUGAUGACACAGUGAAGACCAUCUCUGGCCAAGUUCAAAUGAAUUAUGAAAAUAAGUAUUAA